AUGGGGAACCCACAUAAUGUUGAGCUGGAGGCAGCAAAGUUUCUGCAUAAACUAAUUCAGGAGUCUAAAGAUGAGCCCACAAAGUUGGCUACAAAACUCUAUGUGAUUUUGCAACACAUGAGAUCUAGUGGAAAGGAAAAUUCAAUGCCCUAUCAAGUGAUAUCAAGGGCAAUGGAGACAGUUAUCAGUCAACAUAAUCUUGACAUUGAGGCUUUGAUGUCAUCUCGUCUUCCUUUGACCAGUGGAACGCACAUAGGAGAUUCUGCAUCAUCACAAUUAGCUGGUUCCUCACAAAGGUGUGGGGCCGUGAAUGAUCCUAAAGCUAGCUUGGCUGGAAAUGAGACGGGAAAACUUGACACGUAUGCUUCGAGCAGGCCACUUGUUGGCCCUAGCAGGGCAGGGCAUGAUCUUUACCAAGGAUCUGCUUCCCAUCUGAAUAAUGCACCUAGCAAGGUUCAUGGAGUGAUGCCCAAUGCUUCUAGUUUAUAUCCCUCGACCGAAUCAGUUUCAGUAGGAAAGGCUUUGGAGCACGAUGGAGGAAUUUCCAGUACAUUAGCAAAUACAAAUACGAUAUUUCCGUCUGGGCAUGGUGUUGCACUAGUUUCUAGUAUCACUGCCUUGGGGUUAUAUUAUUCUCAAGAGGUUCAGUAUCAAAUUUAUCUUGCCCUUGCUUUGAUUUAUGCAAUUGUAGUCUUAGAGGUGGGGUUUCCAUGA